CAUUCAUAUGAUAUUGGUGUAAGCGAGAGGUUAUCGAAAAGCCGAGAAGUGUCAUCCUGGAAUCCUUUUGAGCAAGGAGUAACAAUCAAAAGGAGGCAAAGUUUUAUUGUAAAGCUGCUCCAAGGUGUCAUGAAGGGUGUAGCUUACUUGCAUGACCAUGAUAGAUUGCACCAAAGUCUAGGACCGUUUUCUGUGGUUCUCAACACAAUUUCAGAAAAAGAAGGUUCUUAUUUGAUUCCUAGACUCCGGGAUCUAGCCUUUUCUGUUAAUGUCAGGUAUACGGAACUAGAUGAUUCAGGACAGCUUUCAGAGGGGCUUUGGAGAAGAGCAUCAGGUGCUGGUGCAUUCACACAAAUGGAGAAAAGAGCUUUUGGAAUAGCUGAUGACAUAUAUGAAGCAGGUCUUCUUUUUGCAUACUUGGCUUUUGUUCCAUUUUGUGAGGCCGGUGUAAUGGAUAGCCUAUCAUUGCAAAGGCUUCUGGAGAACACCUUCCAACUUGAUCUUGAAGCAACACGAGAGUAUUGUCUAGCUGAUGACAGAUUGGUAAAUGUUGGUUGGGAGUUACUUCAGACAAUGCUUAAUGCUGACUUUUGUAAAAGACCAACUGCUGAAGCUGUUCUGAAUCAUCGGUUUAUGACAGGAGCAGUGCUUUGA